ACACACGGCUCGUCCCCUCAUUGGGUGGAUCCGUUUUGGGGGCGUGUCACUAAACUGCCCCGGUUGUGUCCGGGUAAGAUGGCGUUGGAAGAGCAGUGCUCGGCACCACCUCGAUGGCAGGCCAUAUCAGUGACACACGUAGAGUUUCCCGAGGGGGAUCUCACGGGAAAACUGCUGGCCUACAUCAGUCUCCUACCCGUAGCUAUUCUUGUGGGCUUUGUCACUCUCAUAGUGUUUAAACGGGAACUGCACACGAUUUCCUUCUUCACUGGAGUCCUUCUAAAUGAAGGAGUGAACUGGGUGCUCAAGCACAUUCUCAGAGAACCGCGCCCUUGUGCAGGAGCUCAUACAACCGUUUAUGCCGAGUACGGCAUGCCCUCGAAUCAUUCCCAGCUUAUCUGGUUCUUCGUUGUUUACUUCUUUCUUUUUCUAUAUUUAAGGAUGCAUCAGACAAACAAUGCUCGAUGUGUGGACCUGCUGUGGAGGCACGUCCUGUCAAUUGUCCUGGUGGGCAUGGCGUCGUCCGUCUCAUACAGCAGGGUCUACUUGUUGUAUCACACCUGGAGUCAGGUUUUCUAUGGGGCAGUGACUGGCAGUACAAUGGCCAUUAUCUGGUUCUUUUUCACACAAGAGGUGCUGACACCUUUAUUCCCCAAAGUUGCAGCAUGGCCAAUAUCAGAGUACUUCCUUGUGCGAGACACAAGCUUGAUUCCCAACAUCUUAUGGUUUGAAUAUACAGUGACCAGAUCAGAGGCAAGAAACAGACAACGAAAGCUUGGAACAAAACUUCAAUGAUCUGCAGAGCACUUUGUGAAACCUCCGUGUAGGCCCACACUUCGCACACACAAACACAGAGACAGACAUUCUCAUACACUCACACAAACAGAAGCUAAAUCAACAACAAAAAAACACUGGAGAAUAAUCAUCUUUUGGACUGACUUGGCUGCAAAGAAUGUUGGGGGGGGGAAAAAAACUUAAAAAGAAAAACGUACACCAGGUAGAGAAAGAGAUCCCGGACCUGACCCCGGAGCCUACAGCCUGAGCACGUCCGUCCACACGCCUUCCCCUCUUGUACAGCUUGCCCAAAAAGCUCUUCAGUGCAUGCAAGACUGUGCAAGAGGCAUACUAUUUAAUGAUAGAUUAAUAUAUUUUAACUAUAAACGCACGCUGACAGUAACAGUUUACUGUAAGAGAUUUGAAGAGCCAAGAUGGAGGCUUUGAUCAAGUUACGAGCAUAUUGAUGAGCGUCAUAACAGCAUGUAUUUAGUAAUUCUUUUUUUUGUACUUUUACAUUGGCUAACGGGUUAGUAAGCGGGGAGGGGUGGCUGGUUACAGCUCUAUUGGUAGUUUGUGGAAUUAACCAUUUUUCAUUCUUCUACAAUAGAAAAUGAGCAAUUUCUGAAAUUGGUCAUUAUGUAAUAUAAAUGAAAAUGUGCACUUUGUGAAAUUUGCAAGUUAAGGACUAACACUAGUUACAUGUUAAGAUUCUCCCCUUCUUUUUCCUCACAAGUCUUUGCUUUGUGUCUUUGACUCAGUCCUAAUAUUAGGCUCCAAAGCUGAUCUGCAGGCACUGUAAAUCUUAAGUACCUUCUGUAAUAUUGAUUAUCACGGAUGGAGUUUCUGUUUGCAUUUCUUUGUCUGAGGGUUGUGAGACUGAAUUGCAGCAGUGAGUUUUGAGUUAUUCUUGGUGUUAAAGCUACUUUGGAGUGAGAAGAUGUUUUUUUUUUUUUUUUUUUUUUUGGUAUUUCCUUAUAUACAGUAGCAACCUGGGAACAAAGUUCUGGGGGUCGGUUUUCUUUGUUUUGGUUCUUUAAAUAUUCCAUUUCUUGUCUUGUUUUCUGCUGCUGCAGAGAAGUUUUCUUUUUAUCUGCAUUUCCAAAAUAACAUUCCUUAUCACCUAGUGUUGAAUCAUAACUGAUGAUGGGGGAUAUGUUUUGUAUUGGUUUUUUUUUGAAGAAAGAUUUAAAAACACGCCUCAGGUCAGUUGUAGCAUGUGAUUAUGCUUUUUCCUCGCAGCCUACGGCAGCUAAUGUUGAAAGCUGUCAAAUGGGGAUAUGAAGCUGAAUAAAACAGUCAUAUCAUUAGCUUCACAAAGGGAAGUAGUUCUCUUAGAAUUUUUUUUUCAUGUGUAACCUCUAUCAGGCUGAAUAAAAAUGUGUUUAUGUACAAGAGAUGAGUUCAGUGUGCUACUUUGAUAUCAUUUUUUUUAUCCUGUUGCAAACAUUUUUAACUCUUUGCACGUGGAUUUCAUUGUCAGUACUGUACUCGUCUACUUUUGUUUUGAUUUUAACAGCAGAAAUAAUGCAUGUGCUGCUCCCCCACCUGCAAAGUGUAAUUGUGAAAAACGAUAAAUAAAUUUGGGGAAAAAGCUAUGCUGCAAGGAUAGUAAAAACCAGGUUGAGUUUCAAAUUGCUAAAAGAAAAAUGGGAGCAAAAUACAAAAAUGGAGGCUUUAAUUUAAAACGGCAUUUGAACUCUAAACUAAAUUAACAGUAGAAACCAUCAAGAUAACUUUUUUUUAAUGUCUAGUCAAAGGAUAAGGACUUCUGUCUCUGUGGCCCUAUGUUUGGUGCUCUCUUGCUGUCUGAAUUUGUGGUAUUAAAGGAAAUAUGGCCUUUGAAAAUCCUGCCAUAAACAAAGGCAACUUAAUGUAAUGCUUAAUUCUGAUACGGAAAAAAAAAA